UUUGGCUUUAUUUUGGGAUAAGCUUCGUCCUUUGGCAUUUGGUUGUAGAAGCUAGACCUGAUUGAAUUAACGAGUCUCACAUGGCCAUGAUCUAGUCCUCGGGCUCUGCACAACAGGCCCAGGCAGCCCCCAGAGCUAAUGGCUGGUCAAUGAUCAAAGGGUUCGCUAUCAGGAUGUUGAUCAUCUACCUCAUAAGCAGUUUCUUCAGACGGGGAAAUACCCCAGCCCCCCAAGAAGGUGGGACGGCCCCACCCACUGCACCAGGCUUCAACACCUUCUCCAAGAACAUGGAAAUGGAUAUGUAUGUGUACGUGAAUGAGGAAGAACAAUUCAGUGAGUUUGACAAGCCAGAGAACCUCUUCUGGUUAGAAAGAAGCCUGAUCUAUGGAGACUGGGAAGCAGGACCUAAUCAUGAUGGAAGCAUUGUUAAACACGGACAGAUUUCAGUCACAGAGAAUUUACAGAACAACGGCUCACUUUUUAUCCACGUGUACUUUGUUAAAAAUGGUAAUUCCCCUAAUCCCAAAGACAAAUCCUACAGGAGAGAUAAAACUGCCUUCAAAUCCAAGAUGUUGAACAAGUAUAAGAAGAGGCAUUUCCACACAACAGUGAAUUUGUUAACUGGCCAGACGGAUGCUCACCCAGACCUGAUUAAGAAAGAGAACUCGUCAAAGUUUGAGAUCUUGUCCCACUGGCAUCCUAACCUGACAGUUAACAUCCUGGAUGACCACUCCCCUUGGCAGAAAGGCGCUCUCCCAGCCCCGCUAGAUGAAUAUGUCGAAUUCUUACCCACUCCCCCAGGGAAACCCUCGAAAUAUCUACCUGUCAUUUACUUCAACGAUUAUUGGAACUUGAACAGCGAAUACACUCCAAUCAAUGAGACUACCAAACAGUUAAACCUUAGCCUGACCUUUGGUCCGAUCUCACUGUUCCGCUGGCAGCUAUAUGCCGCCCAGGGCAUGCGCAAUAAGUGGUACUCCAUGUUGGGUGCAGACUUCAUGGAAGAGUCGGACGAGGACCAGGACUCGCUCAAGACGACUUUCCUGGAAACUAACCCCUACCUGCUGGCCCUUACCAUCAUCGUAUCCAUCAUCCACAGCGUGUUUGAAUUCCUGGCAUUUAAAAAUGAUAUCCAAUUUUGGAAGGGUCGUAAGUCUCUAGAAGGGCUGUCGGUGCGGUCAGUUUUUUUUAAUGUCUUUCAAUCGCUGAUUGUUGUCCUGUAUGUACUGGAUAAUGAGACCAACACUGUGGUCAGGAUCAGUGUCAUCAUUGGACUAGCCAUAGAAGUCUGGAAAAUAUUCAAAGUCAUAGAUGUUAAGGUUGACAGAGAAGCCAAGUUACUUGGAGUCUUCCCAAAGAUAACUUACGAAGACAAAUCUACAUACACUGAGUCCAAGACCAAACAGUAUGAUACAAUGGCGUUUAAGUACCUGUCAUGGUUGUUGUUCCCCCUGCUGGGUGGAUAUGCUGUGUACUCGUUGUUUUACAUGGAGCAUCGAGGCUGGUACUCGUGGGUUCUCAGUAUGCUCUAUGGUUUCUUACUCACAUUUGGUUUCAUCAUGAUGACUCCCCAGCUGUUCAUCAACUACAAACUCAAGUCUGUGGCCCAUCUGCCCUGGAGGAUGAUGACAUACAAGGCCCUCAAUACCUUCAUAGAUGAUAUAUUUGCCUUUGUUAUAAAGAUGCCAACGUUGUAUCGAAUUGGAUGCUUUAGAGAUGAUGUGGUGUUCUUCAUAUUCUUGUACCAGCGUUGGAUAUAUCGUGUGGAUCCCAAGCGUGUGAAUGAGUUUGGUAUUAGUCAGGAGAUGUUAGAAAGGAACGGUCAGACAUUCCAGACUGAGAGUGGAGCGGCCAUCGAGGGGGGCGAUGCUCAAGCCGCAGAUCCACAACCUAAGACUGACAAAGAAAAGAAAACUGACUGAGAAACAUCGCAACAUUUAUACUGGACUCGUCAUCCCUGAGCAUGGGCGUGGCAUAAAUAUAAUGAUUGACAGUGUCUGUGUUGGAUUUAGAAUUCCUGUGGGAAAUGGGGUGCUGGAAUAAGAAUCUGCUCUGCUAUACUCUGGAUGAAAACUCUGAGCACUAACACAUGCAUGAUUCCGUGUCAUUUGGUGCCCAGUGUAUAAUUAAUUCAUCAGAGGUAUAAGACAGAUAAGUAUACGGAAAGUGUAAAUUUAACUUAAAUAGCUGAAUGGACAUUCAGUUAUUUGAAAUUGAGUUUCUGUGGCAGCCAAAAAAAAUAAUAAAAGAACAAAAUACAGAUUUUUGCAGGGAGUGAAUGAAUUUAGCCAAAAACAGCCCAGGUAGUUGAAAGAAGAAAACUGUGGCAGGUAAGUUUGUCAGCUAUUAACCGUCAUCAUCCAGGCACUUGUCACUCUUCCAUUAUUAACUGUAUCUCAGAUUCUGUGAGAGACUUCAUAAAACAACUUAAAUAGGACUUAGCUGUCAUAGUUCAUCUUUCAUCGGUGGUGUUCGUGGGUUUGCUGAUUUUAAGUUAAUAACGAUUAUGUAAGGUGCUGUUUCACUUCAUUGAUUGAUAUUGUAUUUUGAGUGUAUUACGAGUUUCUAAUCAUAACUGGUUUAGGUAAUUUGAUAGUUUAAAGUACUUCAUUGUACAUGUGUUGUGCGUCAGAGAAUGACAACAUGAGCCAAAAUGUGAAUGUGACAGAUUUGACAGGUGUACGGCUGCUUCCAUCAGACUGGUUUUGUGCUAGAGGUUUGCAGGAAUUUCAUGUCAGCAGUUCACGUUUUGUAAAUGAGAUCUAAAAUACCCAUUUAAACAUCUACAUAUAAGUAUGAAAGUGUAAUCUUUAUCAUCAUCGCACAUGAAUUUAUUCUUUAGAACAGUGUCAAGCUUUGUUUAAUAUUUAUCUUACCAGUUUUAUUCAGACAAGGUAUGAUAUCCUAUAAUUCAAAUAGUUAAUGUAAUGGCAUUUUUCUCCUGUUUGGAAGGAGAGUUUGUGCGCCUGCCCAAAGUGUGCAGGCUUCAAUGAUCAAUAGUGAAAUUGGUCAGAAAUAAUUUCAGAAAAAUGCAGAUGGAGAAAGUGUUAGCAAUAAUUCUGUAAGUUUCUAGGAUAGCCCCUGAUUGUACACAGAGCUACAUGUACACCUAUACAUUCACACAUCUGUAGUUUACACCUGUAACGUGUACAGGUGUUGAAAUUCUAGGUGACUUCCAUGUGUCAUUACAAGUUAAGACUGUCUCUGCUCUCUAAUCUGUUUAUAGAGAUUGAAACACAUUUAUUUAGUCAAACAUUUCACAAUUACCAGUAUUCUAACAUAAACAUAACACAGACAUAAACCUUUGAUUGCUUUAUGUCACCCAUUAUUAUCAAAUAAGUUCAUGCUGAAAAAUACUUGUUUACUCAGUCAAUAUUUUCAGUGGUUUGAAAGCUUAGAUUAAAUGUUCUCAUGAUGGUGGUUGUCCCCCUUGAACAGAUCUGCUCUAUUGAGGUCUGGGGUAACCUGUAUAAAAACUACCCUACCCUGGGAUGUACUUAUAAUCAAUUUUAGCCUGCACCUGUUGUACAGGAUUUGCACAGACAGUAGCCAGAACAUAUUUGUAACCUAAAUUAUGUGUUAUAUACUGUGAUCAAAAUAAAAUUUAUCCAGACAAUUUUUUUUUAAUGC